AUGUAUAAGAAAAAUAGUGUUGCACAUUUAAAAUUUCUCUUCUUGGCAAUAGUUUUGCUUUUAUCUGGGGUUCAGAUGGAAGAAAAAAAGGAAGAUAACAACACGUUGAAACCAAUUAAUGUGGAGAAGAAUUCGGAAGAGACACCAUGUUGCUUUAGGAGAAAUGCCCAGGGAGCAAAUCAAAUGCUAUAUGCAAAUUUAUCAGAAGGGUUUAAAAAAGAUGAAGGAGAAACCAAAGGAGAAGAAAAAGAAAUAAAAUUGUUUACCAGAGAAGAGGUGGCAAAGCACAACACUAAAAAAGACGCUUGGGUUAUUUACAAAAAUAAGGUCUACGACAUUACUUAUUACUUAUUAUAUCACCCAGGAGGAGAAGAUAUUCUUUUAGAACAAGCUGGAAAUGAUGUUACGGAUUAUGUGUUUCAAUACCACCCUUGGGUGAACGUUGAGAGGAUCAUAGAACAUACAUACUUAGGUGAUGUUUCGGAAUAA